UCGGGCGUAGUGGGAGAGCUGCCCAGCCCGCAGUGCACCCGGCGUAGCUUUGACCCGGCAGGGACCCGACCCCGAGCUGGACGCGGGGAGGCCAGGGCGGAGAGGCGGCGUGAGCGCGUCUCAGCAGACUCAAGCUCGUCUCCUUAAAAUCCCAGCGAAAUGUUCAUCUAUAGCGUAUCGGUGACGGUUUUAAAAUCCAAGUGGCAUUUCCUCUCCCAGCCUCCGAAAAACUCGGUGCAGUGGGCAGCGGCUUGGCGGGGCGUCCCCCUGUGCCUUGCGUCCAGGCGGGCGGCCCGCAGCGGGAGGAACCCAGGCGCGGGCACCGAGGGGCGGAGGCCUGGCCCCGGCUCGGGGAGCUCCGGGCGGAGGCGGCUUGGGCUAGCGGAUGGAUGCACGGGUUUCUUCUUCUGGGAAAGCUGCGGGGGCCACAGGGGCUCUGAGGAGGCGCCCUCAACAGCCUGGGGCCGGCAGGACGGCUCCCAGAGCGAGGGCGACCAGCAAGCAAGGCAGCAUCAGUCCCUGGAGUCAGCCAGAGAAAGCUACAUGUCCAAGCUGGCAACAAGAGGUAAGAAUACGUGUCUUUCUCUCUCUUUAUCUCUUGGCACAGAGGCACAGAGCUUCGGCCUGCUGGAUCCCAAACUCUGCUACCUGCUGGAUGGAAUCCUCUUCAUCUAUGGUGUCAUUCUCACUGCCCUGUUCCUGAGAGUGAAGUUCAGCAGGAGCGCAGACGCCCCCGCGUACCAGCAGGGCCAGAACCAGCUCUAUAACGAGCUCAAUCUAGGACGAAGAGAGGAGUAUGAUGUUUUGGACAAGAGACGUGGCCGGGACCCUGAGAUGGGGGGAAAGCCGAGAAGGAAGAACCCUCAGGAAGGCCUGUACAAUGCACUGCAGAAAGAUAAGAUGGCGGAGGCCUACAGUGAGAUUGGGAUGAAAGGCGAGAACCAGCGCCGGAGGGGCAAGGGGCACGAUGGCCUUUACCAGGGUCUCAGUACAGCCACCAAGGACACCUACGAUGCCCUUCACAUGCAGGCCCUGCCCCCUCGCUAACAGCCAGGGGAUUUCACCACUCAAAGGCCAGACCUGCAGACACCCAGAUUAUGAGACACAGGAUGAAGCAUUUAUAACCCGGUUCACUCAUCUUGUCAGCCACUGAAAUAUUCCCCUUUAUGUACAGGAUGCUUUGGUCAUAUUUAGCUCCAAACCAUCACACACAGACUGUUGUCCCUGCACUCUUUAAGGGAGUGUACCCCCAGGGCUUACGACCCUGGCCUUGGGCCCUCUGGUUUGCCGGUGGUGCAGGUAGACCUGUCUCCUGGUGGUUCCUCGUUCUCCCUGGGAGGUGGGCACGCUGCCUCUCACAGCUGAGUUGUUGACUCUGUUUUGUAAAGUCCCCAGAGAAAGCGCAGAUGCUAGCACAUGCCCUAAUGUCUGUAUCAUUCUGUCAGUGUCUGAGUGGCUUCACUCCUGCUGUAAAUUUGGCUUCUGUUGUCACCUUCACCUCCUUUCAAGGUAACUGUACUGGGCCAUGUUGCGCCUCCCUGGUGAGAGGGCCGGGCAGAGGCGCAGACGGAAAGGAGCCUAGGCCGGGUGCACCCAGGGAGCUGCAGGGGCAUGGGAAGGUGGGCGGGCAGGGGAGGGUCAGCCAGGGCCUGCGGGGGCAGCGGGAGCCUCCCUGCCUCAGGCCUCUGUGCUGCACCAUUGAACUGUACCACGUGCUACGGGGUCCAGAAGAUGAACAGACUGACCUUCAUGAGCUGUGCACAAAGUGGCAUAAAAAACAGUGUGGUUACACAGUGUGAAUAAAGUGCCGGGGAGCAAGAGGAGGCCCUUGAUUCACCUCAUGCUUUCAGCGAAUGACAAAAUCAUCUUUGUGAAGGUCUCGCAGGAAGACCCAACACAUGGGACCUAUAACUGCCCAGCGGACAGUGGCAGGACAGGAAAAACCCCAGUCAAUGUACUAGGACACAGCUAUGUCGUUACAGGGCACAAGCCAUGGAUGGAAAAUGCUCUCUGCUCUGCUUUUUUUCUACUGUUUUAAUUUAUAUCGGCAUGCUAAAGCCUUCCUAUUUUGCAUAAUAAAUGCUUCAGUGAAAAUGCA